UCCGAGGCUAUCGAAUUUCUCCACUUUUCAAAAUGGCCGUCGCAAGAAGGAUUGGAAAAAUGGCAGCUGAUUCCACUGCAUUUUUUCUUUGCGAUAUGCAAGAAAAGUUCAGGCCGACAAUCAGAUAUUUCCCUGAGAUUGCAAAAGUAGCGAACAGGCUGAUGCAAGCAGCUGGCAUUUUGAAGAUACCCAUGAUUGCCACAGAACAGUACCCAAAGGGACUUGGCAGUACAGUCAGUGAAAUUGAUGUCAGUAAUGCCAAGGUGUUUCCAAAGACCGUCUUCUCAAUGAUGAUACCGGAGGUGGAGGAGCAUUUGAAGACAUUGCCUGAAGUUAAGACAAUUGUUCUGUUUGGAAUUGAGACUCAUGUUUGUAUUCAGCAAACCUGUCUUGAUCUGCUUGAAAAGAACUAUGAAGUUCAUGUUGUAGCUGAUAGCUGCUCUUCAAGGACACUUGUCGAUCGGAUGUUUGCUUUUGAGAGAAUGAAGCAAUGUGGUGCGUUUAUCACAACCAGCGAGUCAGUUCUGUUCAUGUUGAUGAAAGACGCCAAACAUCCAUGCUUUAAGCAAGUACAAUCUCUAGUCCAAGAAUCAGCUCCUGAUUCAGCACUUCUUGGAAAACUGUAAGGACAAUUUUUCCAUGAUUAUUUUGUGUACCCUGCAAAUUUAUAUUUCGUGUAAUUAAGUGAUCAAUAAUUUCAUAUUUUGAGUAGUGGACUCAAAACUUAGGUAUAAAUUUUCAAUCGAUUUGGAAAGAAAAGUUUGAUAAAGUUGGAAUAAGCUGAGGCUGACCAACUGGAAAA